AUGGCAGCCUGCGUGACAGUCUGGUUGAAAACUCUUGCACUUUUCGGCGUCAUUGUCAGUAGAACAAAUGCAGCAGUUUACACCGCAGUUCCACAGUCAAAUGCUGUCCUGAAGGGCACCACCGUCAUCAUUCCCUGCUCCUUCAGUGGCCUGUCCAGCAGUGACGUCGUGGUGUGGGAGGGGCCGCCCAACUUCCGGAUUACCGCAACUGGAAGGACGGUCUUCAAGUCUUUUAGCCGUCACAGAAUCAUCGGGGACGCAUCGAGAGGAGAGUUCAACUUAGAGAUCAGACGUGUCAGUUUGGAGGAUGGAGGAGGGUACAGGUGCACGGCAUCAUCGGCGGAUGAUGCCGGUGAUGCUUUGCUGACAGUAAUAGAUCCAAUGCCCGGACCCCCUGAACUGACAGGUGGGGAAUACCCCGUCACCGCCGGAAGUGACCUGAUGCUGAGAUGUAGAUCAAGGGGAGGACAUCCGGUGCCGACGCUUAGCUGGUAUAACGGUACUCGCCUACAGGGCGGCGUCAGAAACAUCCGUGUUAAUUAUCCACCCAGCGUGCUCGUACCUGAACCAUCUGUUCACGUCAUCGAGGGAGCGUCUGCAAACCUGACAUGCGCGGUAGACAGCAAUCCCUCCGCCAUUGUGAGUUGGCGACGCCAUGGCGACCCUUUGCCACUAAAGGGUCUUGAAAGUGGCCCAAGUUUCCUCCUGUCCAAGGUUUCCCGUCAGGACGCCGGUGUGUACCAGUGUACGGCAGACAACAGCGUGGCUCCGCCGGGGUACGGGACUGUCACACUGGAUGUGCUCUAUAAGCCAUGGAUUGACCCCACCAUGGACGAAAAAGUCACGGUACUGAACGCGCAAGACGAUUUCACUCUGGAAUGCCUCGCGGAAGGCAAUCCUAAGCCGACGGUAAAGUGGCGGCGGAAGGAUACAAGCCUGUACUGGGAAAACCCUCUCCGUUUUCACCGUGUACGUUAUGACGUGCAGGGGUUGUACGAGUGUGUAGCAACAAGUCCGGGAUUUAAAGAGGUCAAGAGGCAGACAUUCAUUGAUGUUGUAGGAAAACCACACAUUCGCGGGUCUCCUUCCUCCACGGCAACAGUUGCUAAGGGUGGGGCUAUACGGUUAGUGUGUGACGUGGUCUCAGAUCCUCUCCCAAAUCGCAUCAAAUGGGUAUUACAGAACAACCAAGGAAUAGAGAAAGAUCUGAGCUCUGUCGAUGAAGAUGUGGAAAUCAUCGAGACAAAAGCAGACCAAGAGAUGUCAUCCUCUAUCACUGUGAAAAAAGUAGGGAGUGACCGAGAGGGGACGUAUUUGUGCAAGGGUACCAACAUGUUUGGGACGGCACACAGGGAGAUACAGGUAGAUCUGACAGCAUCUCAGCAGCCAAUGACUAUCAUAGUGGUGUCCGUACUAGCCGUGGUGGUACUGGUGGCAAUGCUGACUCUCUCCUUCAUCAUAGCCGUGAGAAAGGGGUGGAUAUGUGAGCAGAAGUUUCCAGACGCAGCUGACACGCCCAUUGCGUCACGCCCAAUCCCACCUGCCCCGAAGUACGCCCGGAAGCCCCGCACUGGUACGAACGACUCCGGGGUGGAGGACCUGAUGGAGCUACAAGAGCUGGACGGGACUCUCAAGCCACGCCCUCCUCCCAGGGUAGACAAGGAGUGGACUUCUGUGGGACUAUCGUACCCAGGACUGGUUCACUCCAGCUCCCUGCCGCCGUACUCCACCGUGGAGAGGGACCGGCCUGACGGAGAGGACACCCGCCCAUCCUCAAGGAUCAUAGAGGAGGACUGGCAGGCUGUGAUGGAACCUCCCGUGCCGCCCCCGAAGGACGGUGCCAGACGGCUGCUGCGGAAAGACAUCGCCCGGCUGGAUGUAGUGGACGAGCGCCAGCCGGGAAGCUGUGAGAUCUUCUGAUCGCUCCUUGAUUAACGGAGCAUGUCGGGAGCCUCUUUGUACUGAUGUAGUUUCAUUAACCCUUGUCCUUCUGAGCCCGUUUACAUACGGGAUGGAAAUAUGUAACCCUUGUCAUGUUGAAUAUUGUUAUGAGUUUGGGCUAUUUCCCACGUAAAAGUUACAUACCACUGCAAAGCCCAUCGAAUUGAGGAGUAAAUCUGCAGCAGCAGCACAGAACAGGUAAAUUGUUACUGAUCUGAUGAAGCCAUCAUCUCUAGGAGGUUAAAUUGGCCAAAAAAUAGCCGGCAGGACAAGAGCUUUAAGCUUACCUAAAGCCAGGCCAUUAAAAGUAGUAUCUCACUGCACUGAUGCUGCACUAGUACUGUGGGGUUCGAAAAUUUCUUAACGAAAAUCAGAUAUUAAGAACGACUUUUCUUGCGCUUUGUGGAUUUUGUUGUCUUCUUAGUCACACGUUUACGUAUUACGCAAUAUAUGAAUUAUAAAAACAAAUCGGCGAAAAUAACAAAACAGUGCCGCAGUGAACGAACCCCGCGGUGCCGCACCGAUACCCAAAAUUAAGAGCAGUGAGAUACCGCGUUUAGCUGUUAGCAGCCUUUAGCUUUCUGGAAAUGAAUUUUCAAUAAUGCUUGUUGGUCAGGGACCUACUGUUUGUCUUCCUCUGUACAUGAUAGGACUAUACUCUGGUAAAGUAUCUAAGUUUUUUGGGGCAGGGGUUUACGUAUACGUAUACGGCUUCUAGUUGUCCCAUUUUCAAUUGUUCACGAGGAUACUAUCUCAAUCCUGUUAAGUAUACUUGUCGAUAAUAAAACUUUCCCUAUAAUCACAUUGUGUUUUUUCAAGAUCAUCUUUUACGUUGCUGUGACUUGUACAUUUUACUUUUGAUGAGUUACAAUGAGUAUUACAUGUACAUAAUAAUAUAUUUAAAAAAUUAUUGGUGUUUAGAAAUAUUCUUUUCAAGCAUAACCAGUGAAAACAACAAACACGUGUUUGUGACUGUGACAUUUUUGUCAAACGUCCUUCGAAAAUGUAUUUUAUUUGACUUUCCUUGACGAAUAAUCAAUACCCAUCAAGGAUUUCGGUUUUGUCUCCAUAUACAGGCACAGACACAUUUGGUACAGUAAUGUGCUUUUAUAUUUUUGUGCCAGCUUGACUCCCAGAACCGCGCAAGUUUCAUUGCCCUUUUAAGCAUUUACAAUUGUGAAUAUAGUAUUUAGCUAAGUUUUUUAAUCGUAUUUUACUUAUUUUUAGCGUAGAGCGUAGCACUACCAAAUGUAAACAGUCGCCUCUGAAGGUAACUAUCAAAUCUCUGCAUCAAGUCUGACAUGCCCACAUAAUGUUAUUAGUUUUAUCAUAAAUUCACGGCACUGUACUUUUGUAAUUGCGCGGGCUGUACAGCGAUUCAGAUAUGCAUGGUUUCCUUCUGUUUGUAUUAAGGUAGGUGGGGCUGUCAAGAGAAAAAACUUUGACAUCAUUGUUUAGUGACGUUACUAUUCAGUAUACCACCAACGUUCCUUGCCCUAAGAUGCCACAAGCCACAAACCAAAUAUAAAACGUCUGCACACUUACUUUUGGUUGGAUAUAGCUCCAUUGCACCUUUGUUCACGAAUAUGUUCUUCAUAUUAAAACCAAACACAAAACGUUUAGAAACGUUUUUUUUUCUGAUGUAUUGAUCACCAUAUUUUGUUGUUUGUCUAUUACAUUGUAAAUUACAACGUGAUUAAACGUGAUUUUUACCUUUUGCUAUUAUCAACUGGUCAAGGUUCAAGUCGAUCCAUGUUAAUGACUAAUGUCGUUGUAACUUCGUCAUUGAUAUUUUGUCGA